UUGUUGUUUUGUGGCGGUUUGUCGGGUAGUUGCGGCGAGGGGCGAAUUAUGUCGCCGGAUAACAAGGACUGCAUGGACAAGGACGAGUGUCUGGAUCUGCCCUGCCUGAACGGUGGGACUUGCAUCAACCAGGAGCCGCGGCUGCGCUACAGAUGCAUUUGUCCGGACGGCUUCUGGGGCGAAAACUGCGAGCUCAUCCAGGAAGGACAGACGCUUAAGCUGAGCAUGGGCGCACUGGCCGCCAUCCUCGUCUGCUUGCUCAUCAUUCUCAUUUUGGUGCUCGUCUUCGUGGUGUACAACAGACGUCGGGAGGCGCACAUCAAGUAUCCCGGACCGGACGAUGACGUCCGCGAGAACAUCAUCAAUUACGAUGACGAAGGAGGCGGCGAAGAUGAUAUGACCGCAUUCGAUAUAACCCCGUUGCAGAUCCCGAUUGGCGGGCCUCUUCCAGAGCUGGCGCCACCUAAGAUGUCGUUUAACAUAAUGGCAAUGGCACCUGGACAGGAGCCGAACGUGGGCAUCUUCAUCGAUGAGCACAAGAAGCGAGCGGACAGCGAUCCGAACGCUCCGCCGUUCGAUGAUCUCAGGAACUACGCGUACGAAGGAGGCGGCAGCACGGCUGGAUCGUUGAGUUCCCUCGCGUCUGGUAGUUCGGAUGAGGAACAGCAGGAGUACGACUACUUGGGCGCUUGGGGUCCGCGCUUCGACAAACUUGCGGAUAUGUACGGCCCCGGCGAAGAGACUGAGCAGGAGGAAUAAUAGGAUUACCAUAAAGAAAGAAAGAGAGAGAGAGAGAGAGAGGAAGGAUCAGACUCGACCAUCAACAUCGAACAAACAGACAAACAAACAAACACAUAGAAGAUCAACAAAACAACAAUAAAUAAAUAAACAAGCAAACAAACAGGAGAGGAUGCAUAAUAAACUUAAAUAGUCGGGUUUGAUCCAUUCGAAAACCAAAAAUUAUUAUUAACUAAGUCUACAUUAUAAAUAUAUAAAUAUUAGUUAUUAAGGUUAUGAUGAUGAUGAUGGAAGAUGAGCGCUAGAGGAUGCAAGAAGACGACGAGUGCAUUGCGUAGGAUUAUGAAGAGGAUUUGGAUUUUAAGUUUGAGGAAUCUUUUGCUUUUCGAUUUUUUCCACGUGUCCGAAGCGCACACGUGUCCCAUAAGACUGUUUUUUAAGAAGACGACGACGACGACGAUGAAGAAGGAGGAUCACGAGGAUUGGAUGCGGAUAUGGUUUUAAGUGAGGAAUUAAACAAAAUAUGUAUGUAGAAAAUUAUAUUAUAUAAAAUAUAUGCAGACAGCAGCGCGUCGAAUCGCAUCGCAUCGCAUCGCCGCCGGUUUCUUUCCGACUCUCUUGAACUAUUGUUGUGUGUCACUCACUCUCUCUCUUUUUAUAAUAAGUCCACUGCCAUUACUUAAAUCUUUUUAUACACGUGACGCUCUCUACAAGUUUCAUAUGGGGUUUGUUAUUGUUAAUUCUCAUCGAUCGAUUUAAAAAGACGACAACAACAACAACCACCCUUCUCCAUCCAUCAUUACCCCGUUUGUUAAGAAGGUGCGCGCGCGACUGGCGUGCUGCUGCGUGUCUGUAAUGUUGCCGUAUGUUAAUUGGAUUCAGGAUCGAGAGAUCUCGCGUCUCCUCCUCCGACAGGAGCAGAUCUUUGGGAAACUUUUCUCUCUCUUGAUUCGCAAAAUGAAUAAUAGUAAAACAACAGGAGAGUAACAUAUUUUAUGUAUAUUUUGUUAGCUCGUAGUCGAAUUGCGAAGAGGACUAGCGUAGAUUUAGUUCAUCUUCUUCAAAAAAA